AUGGAAGCAGAAAAAGAAGAUAAAAAGAAAUCUCCAGGAGAAAAGAAGAAAGUAACAGAUGAAAGCGAGAAGCAAAUUGUGGAAUCCAUAAACGUAAUCAUAUUCAUUGAAUACAUUCAUGGCAUUUUUAGAUUCUCUCUAGUAAAUGAGAAACUACGUACACCAGAUUGGAAAAUGAAGGCGUUCACUGUUUUUAUUAUAGCAGCUUUUAUUGUAUUAUUCACUACUUACUUCUUACUGCCAACUGAUAUCACGCAUUAUGACAGUGAAAAUUACGUUCAGGCUGCUGAUAAGGUGCGCAUCAUCAUACUUUUUAUCCAAUACGCAGUUUGCACCUUCACUGCUUCUUUCCUCGUCAACACCAACAACAUCCGCAUUAUAACUACUCUUGCUAACUUGGAUAAUAUGUUGCAAGUUGGAAAAUCCAAAAACUUCUAUAGCAAGUCACGUUGGGAAACUUAUAAGUACAUGGUUCUUGUCAUUAUCAGCCAACUGGCUACCAGCAUACUAGAUUUUGUUGCUAUCGGAGAUGUUGCUUGGGCAAUAGCAGCUACACCUUUAAACUUUAUCCAAAAACUAGAAAUAAUAACUUUUUGCAAGUACGUGGACUUCUUAAGACGCAGACUGCUAAUGAUCAAUAGCUAUUUGAAGACAUUUGUCGAUGAACAAGAUCAAGAAACUGCUACAGUCUUUACUAUACGAUCUAGGAAUGUGGACACCACAGAAAAGUUUAAUUUUAUUGGACGUGCGUCUGAUAACAAUACUAAAAUAAGAGAUGCUGCGAAGAUGUAUGACGUCAUUGGGCAAAUAUCUACCAUGGUUAAUGAAGUGUUCAACUUCCAAAUCCUGACAAUCCUCAUGAGUACUUUUGCCUUUAUCAUUAUUAUCAUGUGGACCUCUCUAUACUACUACCGAUCAGCCAUAAGUGAUUUGAGCUUACUGAUGAAUGUUAUAGUAUCUUCAUUCUUUUGGAUUUGCUAUGUUGCUAUCAUGUCGAUUGCCUGUGAACGACUGCUUCUUGUCCGCAACGAAACGAAGAUUCUUGUGAAUAAGGUGAUCAUGAACUAUGAUCUACCUAAGACGAUGAGGGUGCAGGCUAAAGCAUUCAUGGAGCUUGUCGAAGCUUGGACUCUACGUAUCUACAUUUACGACAUGUUUUCAGUUGAUAUUACAUUGAUGUUAAAGUUUAUCAGUGUUGCGACCACUUAUUUGAUUGUUGUUAUUCAAAUAUUCAACUUCUUCUAA